UACCCAUUCAGAAACGCCCUCCUUCCCGAAUGCUUCCCAGCUGAAUUUCCAGAAUAGCCUCCGGAACAAUACGAUAGGGUGUCUUCUUCUUCUACGCCAUUAACAGCGUCCACAGCUGCUACUGUUCACCCAAAUCAACUCCUCUUUCAACCAAACCAUCCAAUUUACGCGCAGGUUUCAAUGUUAUAUGCAGCAUCGGUCCCAAGUGUUUGCUUAUUUUCCAAUUCGAGCAUUGCCCAUUUCCCUUCUAGAUUCCCAAAGCGUCUGGUUCCGACGAGGCUUUCUGUACGAGCUUCAUUGCCAGAUAAUGAUAAUGGCGUUAAAGUGGAGUAUACUCCUUGGCUUAUUGUUGGACUGGGUAACCCAGGGAAUAAGUACCAUGGGACUCGGCACAAUGUUGGUUUUGACAUGAUCGAUAGCAUUGCUCAGGCGCAGGGCAUUUUGAUGAACACAAUACAAUCCAAAGCCUUGAUUGGAAUAGGUUCAAUCGGAGAAGUACCAAUUCUGUUGGCAAAGCCUCAGACUUACAUGAAUUUCUGUGGAGAAUCGGUUGGACCUCUUGCUGUACAUUAUCAAAUACCUUUACGUCACAUCUUGUUGGUUUAUGAUGAAAUGAGCUUGCCAAAUGGCGUUCUUAGGCUCCAGCCAAAGGGAGGCCACGGCCAUCAUAAUGGGGUGAAGAGUGUAAUGGGACAUCUGGAUGGCCGACGUGAGUUUCCUCGGUUAUGCAUCGGAAUUGGGAACCCACCUGGGACUAUGGACAUCAAAGCUUUUCUCCUGCAGAAGUUCAGUUCAGUUGAGCGAAAACAGAUCGAUGCAGCACUAGAACAAGGGGUUGAGGCAGUGAGAACCCUUGCACUGAAAGGAUUCAGCAAAGGAGUCGACAGAUUCAACUUGACCCAGAAAUACAAGUAUCACAAGGUUUGAUCCUAUGGGAAAAUAAAAUUGUUCGAGUUUUGAUCAUAUGUAAUAAGCUAAUAGAAUGAUUGACUGUUCAUCGAUGUACACGAGAAAAUCAGAAAUGAAAUAGACAAAAUGAAGGUCGGGGGUAUUGAUGAUCU